AUGGAGGACGCGUCAAGCCAGAAGUCAGGACAGGGCAAAGAUGUCCUGAGCUCCCUCACACCAGGAGAGAGUCCUGCCAGCUUCAGACGUGUCAAAUUGGAGGAGUAUGAGCCUGCAGGCUUCAGCGCCAAGGAUCUCAUCCUAAAGAAAGCCAGAGAGGUCUGCACAUGCAAUCUUCAAACCAUUGUCACCUUCUUCUGCCGGCUGUUCCCAGUGCUGGAGUGGCUUCCCCAUUACAAUGUCAAGACGCAGUUGCUUGGCGAUGUCAUAUCUGGGCUCCUGGUGGGGGUGGUUGCCAUCCCUCAGUCCAUCUCCUACUCCCUCUUAGCUAGCCAGGAUCCCAUCUAUGGAAUCUACACCAACUUCUUCUGCAAUAUCAUCUAUGUCGCUAUGGCUACUUCACACCAUAACUCCGUGGGCUCCUUCGGCGUGCUGUGCCUGAUGAUCGGGCAGUCUGUGAACCAGCACCUCCAGCUAGCAGGGUACAGCGAUGACAGCACAGGCUCUUCGCUGGUGGGCAACUCCACCUCCUCCAGUAACGGGACGGCUGGCUGCGACAGGAGCUGCUACGCCAUCACUGUGGCCCUUUCCUUAAGCUUUCUGGUCGGUCUUUACCAGAUUCUCCUGGGGGUUUUACAGCUGGGCUUUGUGGCUGUCUACCUGUCAGAACCUCUCCUCAGUGGCUUUGUGACCGGCUCCAGCCUCACCAUUAUCACCUCCCAGAUGAAGUAUCUCCUGGGACUGAAAAUCCCUCGUCACGAAGGGGUGGGGUCCUUCAUCCUGACGUGGAUUGACCUUUUCAGAUACAUCCAGAACACCAACAUCUGUGACCUUGUUACCAGUCUGGUUUCUUUGGCCGUCAUAGUGCCUGUCAAAGAGCUCAAUGACCGGUAUAAGGAGAAGAUGAAGGCCCCGUUCCCCAUAGAGCUGCUGGUGGUGAUUGUAGCCACGGUAAUAUCGCACUACUGUAACUUUGGAGAGCGGUACAAGUCUGCUGUUUGUGGAGAUAUCCCCACUGGUUUCAGGAAACCCACUCUACCAGAUAUAAACCUGUUUUCCAGCCUGGCAGUUGAUGCUCUGCCCAUUGCUAUUAUUGGCUUUGCCAUGACUGUCUCCCUGGCAGAAAUUUUUGGCAAAAAGCAUGGCUACGCUGUCCGUGCCAACCAAGAGAUGAUCGCCAUUGGCAUGUGCAACCUCAUCCCUUCUUUCUUCUACUGCUUUGCCAGCUCUGCGGCCCUGACCAAGACUCUGCUGAAGGAGUCCACAGGGACCCAGACCCAGGUCUCUGGCCUGGUCACCUCCCUGGUACUGCUGCUAGUGCUGCUGUGGAUCGCCCCACUCUUCUACUCGCUGCAGACUUCCAUCCUGGGGGUGGUCACCAUCGUCAACCUGCGGGGGGGCCUGAGGAAAUUCCGUGACACCCCCCGCAUGUGGCAGAUCAGCAAGCUCGACACUGUGGUGUGGUGGACAACCAUGCUGUGCUCAACGCUGAUCACCACGGAGAUCGGGCUCCUCGUGGGCGUCUGCUUUGCUCUGCUCUGCAUCAUCUUCCGCACGCAGAGACCCAGGGCCACGCUCCUGGGCAAGGUCAGUGACACAGAAAUCUAUGAGGACCAGUCUUCUUACAAGCAGCUCAGCAGUAUUGCCAACAUCAAGAUCUUCCGCUUUGAGUCAUCCCUCUACUAUGCCAACAAGGACUAUUUCAAGACUGCUCUCUACCAGAAAACGGGGGUAAACCCUGUCCUGCUGGCUGCUAAGCACCAAAAGGUGGAGGCCCAGGCAAAUGCAGACAAAGGCAACAGCAAGAGUUUUUUUGGCACUAGGUUUGACUGCCUGAAACCUGCCAAGAAAAGGGCCGAGAGGCCUCCAGCAGAUACCCAUCUUCCCUCCGUAGAUAUGCACACCUUAAUUCUUGACUGUGGGGCAAUGCAGUUUAUAGACACUGCGGGUCUCUCUGCGCUAAAGGAGAUACACCAUGACUACAAGGAGAUUGGUGUCCAGUUGCUCCUGGCCAACUGCAACCCUUCCAUCCGCCACCGACUCCGAGAGGGAGGCUGGGCUGGCACGACGGACAGCGGUGGGGAGCUGGCUUUCCACAGCGUCCACCAUGCAGUGCAGUUUGCUGAGCAGUGGUUCCAUGCACAGCAGGAGGAGAGCAAGGAGAGGAAGGAUGCGCUCCUGGACCCUGAAGAACUGAGCUUCCAAGCAUCUUUGUAG